AAGUUGUGUUCUUGAGUUGUGGGUAAUCGAGUUCUUUUUUUUUUUUGUUAGAAGGAGAAGAUGAAGACGAAUUUUCACAUAGAAGCGUUCAAGAACCGAGUAAGCAUUGAUCCAAAAUAUUUUGACAAGACAUGGAGCGUUCUGGAACACGCAAUUCAUGAAAUAUAUAACCAGAAUGAUCGUCAUCUCAGCUUUGAAGAGCUUUACAGAAAUGCAUACAAUAUGGUUCUUCUCAACUUUGGUGAGAGGCUAUACUCAGGACUGGUUGCCACCAUGACUGCUCAUCUAAAAGAGAUAGCUAGAUCUAUUGAAGCCACUCAAGAGGGUUCCUUUCUGGAAGAAAUGAACAGAAAAUGGAAUUCUCACAAUAAGGAAUUACAAUUGAUUGAAGACAUUCUGAUGUACAUGGAUAGGACUUACGUCCCAAAAAACGGGAAAAUCUCUGUUCACGAACUUGGCCUUAAACUGUGGAGAGAAAAUGUUAUAUGUUCAAACCAGAUAAGGACCCGACUGUUAAAUACACUUUUGGAAAUGGUGUGCAGUGAACGUGCAGGUGAAGUUAUUAACAGAGGACUGUUUAGAAAUAUAACAAAGAUGCUAAUGGAUUUAGGUCCUUCUGUUGUUUAUGGGGAAGAAUUUGAGACUCAUUUUCUUCAAGUUUCAGCUGAGUUCUACCAGUUAGAAUCCCAGAAGUUUAUUGAGUGUUGUGCUUGUGGGGAUUAUCUGAAGAAAGCUGAGAGUUGUCUGAAAGAGGAAAUGGAUAGAGUGAGCCAUUACUUGGAUCCCAGUACUGAAAAGAAGAUUACUGAUGUGGUGGCUAAGGAGAUGAUUGAAAAUCACAUGCUUACAUUAAUACAUAUGGAGAAUUCAGGGUUAGUAAGCAUGCUUUGUGAGGAUAAAUACGAAGAUUUGGGUCGAAUGUAUAACUUGUUCUGCCGUGUUACUGAUGGUCUAGCAAAAAUACUUGAAGUGAUGACUUCACACAUUAGAGAGUCGGGUAAAAAGCUUGUCACGGAUCCUGAAAGGUUGAAGGAUCCUGUUGAAUUUGUGCAGAGGCUCUUAGAUGAGAAACAUAAGUAUGACAAGAUUAUAAAUUUUGCAUUUAACGACGAUAAGUUGUUCCAAAAUGCUUUCAAAUCCUCCUUUGAAUACUUCAUUAACUUGAAUCCCCGUUCUCCAGAGUUCAUUUCACUCUUUGUAGAUGAUAAGCUUCGGAAAGGUCUGGAGGGAGUUAGAGAGGAUGAUGCGGAGAUUGCUCUUGACAAGGCGAUGAUGCUAUUCCGGUACUUGCGAGAAAAAGACAUGUUUGAGAAGUAUUACAAUCUGCAUAUGGCAAAGCGGCUUUUGUCGGGAAAAACAGUUUCUGAUGAUGCAGAAAGAAGUCUCAUAGUCAGGCUCAAGACCGAAUGCGGUUAUCAAUUCACCUCUAAAUUAGAGGGCAUGCUUACCGACAUGAAAACCUCUCUAGAAACAAUGCAGGGCUUUUAUGCCAGCCACCCUGAGUUAAGUGACAGUCCUACACUUACCGUGCAGGUUUUGACCUCAGGGUUUUGGCCUACUCAAUCUACUGUUAUAUGUAAUCUGCCAGCUGAAUUAUCUGCACUUUGUAAGAAGUUUCGGUCCUAUUACCUCGACACACAUACUGACGGGAGAUUGUCCUGGCAAACUCAUAUGGGCACAGCAGACAUUAAAGCCACCUUUGGUAAAGUUCGCAAACAUGAGUUAAAUGUCUCCACUUACCAAAUGUGUGUCCUCAUGCUGUUCAAUACUGCUGAUAGACUAGGCUACAAGGAAAUUGAGCAAGCAACUGAGAUUCCGGCUUCGGAUCUGAAGAGGUGUCUGCAAUCAUUGGCUUUGGUUAAGGGAAGAAAUGUGCUUAGGAAGGAGCCCAUGAGUAAAGAUGUAGAUGAGGAUGAUGCUUUCUUUGUAAAUGACAAGUUCAAUAGCAAUCUAUACAGGGUAAAAAUAGGAACUGUAGUUGCACAAAAUGAAUCAGAACCUGAGAAACUGGAGACUCGUCGGCAACAAGUGGAGGAGGAGGGCCGAAGGUCCCAGAUUGAGGCUGUCAUAGUGAGGAUAAUGAAAUCAAGAAAGAAACUUGAUCACAGCAAUCUCAUGGCUGAGGUCACAGAGCAGUUCCAUGCAAAUCCCACAGAGGUAAAGAAACGGAUUGAGUCUCUUGUUGACCGGGAUUUUAUGGAACGAGAUGAUAAUGACAGACAGUUAUAUCGAUAUCUUGCCUAGAAAGAAUUGUCAAGUUUGUUUCUUUCAGUGAAAUUAGAAUGAUACAAAAAUUGUGCCUUUUACAGUUUCAUUGAUUCUUAAUGCAUAUAUGUUUGUUCUUCCA